UCCCGUCUUCACCAGCUGCAGCUUCAAGCCUUCACCUCCCGUUGCAUCGGCACCUCUCGAAUCAUCAACGACAGCUCAAGCCAGGUGCUCCGGGUACCAGUAGCCAUGGCGCGGCCAGGCCACACGGCGUGGCUCCUUGUCGGCGCCGCCAUGCUCCUCCUGGCGUCCGCCGCGACGGCGCAGGACUGCCUAUCCGCGAGGUUCAGCAACGGCCGGACCUUCGGGCGGUGCAACAGCAUGCCGACGCUCGGCGCCAGCCUGCACUGGACGUACCACCCGGAGAACGGCACCGCCGACAUCGCGUUCCGGGCGCAGUCGGGCGCCGACGGCUGGGUCGGCUGGGGCAUCAACCCCAACAGCCGCGGCAUGGUCGGCAGCAGCGUCUUCGUCGCGACGCAGAGCAGCGGCUCCCCUUCCGUCCUCAUGACCAACCUCGACUCCACGUCGCCCAGCCUGCAGCCCGCGACCCUCAAGUUCAACGUGCCCGUCGCGCCCACCGUCGAGUACUCCGGCGGCGCGUACACCAUCUUCGCCACCAUCGCGCUGCCCGGGAACGCCACCCAGCAGAACACGGUGUGGCAGGCCGGGUCGCUCAGCGGCGGGCAAAUAGCGCCGCACCCGACGGCGCCGGCGAACUUGGCGAGCGCCACCAGGCUGGACUUCCUCUCAGGCUCCAGCACCGGGGCGUCCAACUCCAGGCUCCGCCGCAAAAAUAUCCACGGAAUCCUGAACGCGGUGGCCUGGGGCAUCCUGAUCCCCACGGGCGCCAUCAUCGCCCGGUACCUGCGCGUUUUCGAGUCCGCGGACCCGGCGUGGUUCUACCUCCACAUCGCCUGCCAGUGCUCCGGCUAUAUCCUUGGCGUCGCCGGCUGGGGCCUGGGGCUCAAGCUCGGCAGCGAGUCCGUGGGCGUCACCUACCACCCCCACCGCAACAUCGGCAUCGCCAUCUUCAGCCUGGCCACCCUGCAGGUGUUCGCGCUGCUGCUGAGGCCCGACAAGAAGAACAAGUACAGGCUCUACUGGAACAUCUACCACCACUCCGUCGGCUACUCCGUCAUCAUCCUCGGCGCCAUCAACAUCUUCAAGGGGCUCGACAUCCUCAAGCCCGCCAGCGGCUACAAGACCGCCUACAUCGCCGUCCUCGCCACGCUCGGCGGCAUCGCGCUCUGCCUCGAGGCCAUCACCUGGCCCAUCGCCAUCCGGAAGCGCAAGCGCGACGCCAACAAGGCGACCAACGGCAACGCCGGCUGGCAACAGGGCGCGUGAUGAGAAUCCACGGCCGCGCACGGUUGCCACGAUGCGCGUGUGGGCUUAGUUUUGCUGCGAGCGAGUGAUGUGAUAUCGAUGUUGUGCCUUUAGAGAUACUGUUUGUACCUUUCUUGUUCCUGGUUCUGCAGAGUAGCUCCUUUCUCUUCUGUUUUAAUUAGGGUUCUAUGACGGAAUUAUUUGUACACACUUUUUUUUUCUUCUUCUCAUUAUUGAUGUAUGAUUAAUUUUAUUUAUAUGCAUAGUGUAUGGUUUAAUCGACUA